UAUUUCUGUGCUGCUGUUGUGUUAUAGAUGAUCGAUCAGGUGACCGGAGCCGGGGCUUUGCCCUUUACUGUCCAGCUCAAAGCCCUUCUGGAUCAAGAAGCCCGGUAUCAGCCCAAACUCUGUGGCCUGCGAGUCGUCGAGUCCGCUCAGGACAACGGUCUGAGGAUGACGGUCAAGCUGAGAGACUUCCAAGUCCGAGACCUCCUCUCCUUGACGCGGUUCUUCGGCUUCAGUUCGGAGACAUUCUCCCUCGCUGUGAAUCUUCUAGAUCGGUUCCUGGCUGUGAUGAAGGUGCGACAUUUUCACGCUCGCAUUCAAGAGCAGCUGGACGCAGAAAGUAAGCGAACUCUGAACAUCGAGAGGCUGGAGGCUCAGUUGAAGGCUUGCCAUUGCUCCUUUACUUUCACUAAAAUCAAGCCGUCGCUGCUGGCUUUGGCUCUUCUGGCUCUGGAGAUCGAAGAUCAGCACGAGUGUGAGCCGGUUCCUGCUCUCAGAGAAGCUCUCGGUGCGCUACAGCAGAGUUUGACUGUAAGUUACCUGCAAGAUUUCCACACAGCUGCUGCUAAAGAGAUUUACUAGUUUGAGAAACGGGGU